GCACGUACGCACAUCUAGUUGUUUCGGUGGAACUGAAGUGAGAGGGGAGGACGGAUAGUUAGCAAGCAGCAUUACAGAAGAUUUUAUGUUGCUGCUUCUGAGCCGUCGGGUCUCGCUGUCAUUCGUUAAACAAGUCAUUCCCCGAAAUCCGGUUUUGUUUUCGAAGUCUGCAUUACUCAACUUAAGAACAUUCAAAUUCAAAGUUAAAUUCAGCACCGUUUCUGCAAACGCUACCAUCCAAAAUAGAAUCACUAUGCCUGAGAGGAGGCCUUUCGUACGGUUGCCCGCUGACGUCUACCCUGUCAACUAUGGGUUGUGUUUGAAGCCCGACUUAAUCGACUUCACUUUCGAGGGCAAAUUGGAGGCGCGGAUUGAGGUCGUACAAGGAACGAAUCAGAUCGUGAUGAACUGCGCAGACAUCGACAUCAUCACAGCGUCUUUCGCGCCCGAAGGAGGUGAAGAAAUUAACGCCACAGGGUUCAACUACCAGAACGAGGAUGAGAAAGUCACGUUGUCGUUCCCCAGUGUUCUCCAGAAAGGGUCGGGUUCAUUGAAGAUCGACUUUGUCGGGGAGCUGAACGACAAAAUGAAAGGCUUCUACAGGAGUAAAUAUGCAAGUCAGACAGGAGAAGUCCGCUAUGCUGCAGUAACACAGUUUGAGGCCACGGAUGCCCGCCGAGCCUUUCCCUGCUGGGAUGAACCCGCCAUCAAAGCCACCUUCGACAUCUCCCUGAUCGUUCCCAAGGACCGAGUAGCCUUGUCAAAUAUGAAUGCCAUCGAUCGAAAGCCAUAUCCAGAAGAUGACAGCCUUGUCGAGGUGAAGUUUGCCACCACGCCCAUCAUGUCCACGUACCUCGUGGCGUUUGUCAUCGGCGAGUACGACUUCGUGGAGGGCCAGUCGUCGGACGGCGUGCUGGUGCGAGUCUACACGCCCGUGGGGAGGGCGGAGCAAGGGAAGUUUGCACUGGAGGUUGCUGUGAAGACCUUACCCUUCUACAAAGACUACUUCAAUGUUCCCUAUCCUCUGCCUAAAAUCGAUCUUAUAGCUAUUGCUGACUUUGCUGCUGGUGCCAUGGAAAACUGGGGCCUUGUUACUUACAGGGAGACUGCUCUGCUGAUCGACCCGAAGAACUCGUGUUCGUCCUCGCGGCAAUGGGUGGCACUGGUGGUGGGGCACGAGCUGGCACAUCAGUGGUUCGGCAACCUCGUCACCAUGGAAUGGUGGACCCAUUUGUGGCUUAAUGAGGGCUUCGCGUCAUGGAUCGAGUACCUGUGCGUGGACCACUGUUUCCCCGAGUACGACAUCUGGACGCAGUUUGUGUCAGCCGAUUACACGCGGGCGCUGGACCUGGAUGCCCUUGACAACAGCCACCCCAUAGAGGUGAACGUGGGUCACCCCUCAGAGGUAGAUGAGAUCUUCGACGCCAUAUCCUACAGUAAAGGAGCUUCCGUUAUCAGAAUGCUGCACGCCUACAUAGGAGAUGAGGAUUUUAGGAAAGGAAUGAAUUCGUAUCUGUUGAAGUUUCAACACAAAAAUGCAUCAACAGAGGACCUUUGGGAAUGUUUGGAAGAGGCCAGUGGGCUACCCAUCGCUAAAGUGAUGAACUCCUGGACCAAGCAGAUGGGUUUCCCCAUCAUCGUAGUGGACCAGGAACAGCAAGGGGAGGAUCGCGUUCUCAAGAUCUCUCAGAGGAAGUUCUGUGCCAGUGGCCCACACAAUGGUGAGGAUUGCCCUAGUUGGAUGGUUCCUAUCAGUAUCUGCUCGAGUGACGAUCCCGCUUGCACCAAGAUGAAGGUGCUUCUAGACCAACCCGAAAUCACAAUCGUCGUUCCCAACAUCAGCCCUGAGCAGUGGAUUAAGAUUAACCCGGGCACGGUGGGGUUCUACCGUAUCCAGUACAGCACGCCCAUGCUGGACAGCCUGCUGCCGGGCAUCCGCAACCUCACCUUGCUGCCUGUGGACCGGCUGGGCCUCCAGAACGACCUCUUCUCCCUGGCGCGGGCCGGUAUGAUCAGCACAGUGGAGGUGCUGAAGCUGAUGGAGGCCUUCGUGAACGAGCCCAACUACACGGUGUGGAGCGACCUCAGCUGCAACCUGGGCGUGCUCUCCUCGCUCCUCUCUCACACCGACUUCCACGAGGACAUCCAGGAGUUGAUCCGCGACCUCUUCACCCCCAUCGGCCUCAAGCUGGGCUGGGACAGCAGACCAGGCGAAGGCCACCUGGAUGCUCUGUUACGGGGUCUGGUUCUGGGGAAGCUGGGGAAGGCGGGCCAUAAGCCCACUCUGGAGGAGGCCCGGCGGAGGUUUAAGGACCACGUGGAGGGCAAGCAGACCCUCUCGGCAGACCUCAGGAGCCCAGUGUAUCUCACAGUGCUGAAGCAUGGAGACAGUGCAACGCUGGAAACGAUGUUUAAGCUCCACAAGGCGGCAGACUUGCAGGAGGAGAAGAACCGCAUCGAGCGGGUGCUGGGCGCUAUCGCUGCCCCUGAUCUCAUCCAGAGGGUCCUGACCUUUGCCCUCUCGGAGGACGUGCGUCCCCAGGAUACCGUCUCCGUGAUCGGGGGAGUGGCGGGCAGCAGCAAGCACGGGCGGAAAGCGGCGUGGAAGUACGUCAAGGACAACUGGGAGGAGCUUCACAACCGGUACCAGGGCGGCUUCCUCAUAUCACGGCUCAUCAAGCUUACUGUGGAUGGAUUUGCAGUAGACAAAAUGGCUGCUGAGGUGAAGAGCUUCUUUGAGAGCCAUCACGCGCCGGCCGCGGAGCGCACGGUACAGCAGUGCUGCGAGAACAUUCUCCUGAAUGCCGCGUGGCUCAAACGCGACGCCGACGACAUCCAGGAGUACCUGAUGCAGCGCAAGGCCCCGCCUGUCUGACCCCUGACCCCCUGCUUCACCCACUUCAGACCUCCCAGCAGUUAUUUGCUGCCUCCUUCCGCCGGCCCAUCACCACUAACACUGGAGGCAAAAGCGAACUAUGAAAACAAGAAACUGGGCUUCAUUUUUGUAAAACCAACCAAGCGGCAGACAAGAAGAAGAUGAAGAAGAUGAAAAAAAAAAAAAAAAGUCUUGAUGAUAAUAAUGAUUUAUUGAUAAUUGUGCAACCAUUUCCAUUUUAGUGGUUCAAGAUAAACCUUAAACCAACCAAAUUCGUUCUAGUCUUGACGAGGAAUGUAGUUGGCCCCAUUCUGCCCUUCUGAGAUUGAAAAAGGAAUUUGUGGAUUCUCCAUCUGAUAAAGAAUAUCUCACAUACGCUCUCACACACACACACACACACACACACACACACUUCACACGCAUUAUAGAGGCUUCGUCUUUCAUGCAAUUUCUGUAUACUUACACACAGUACAAGAAAUGUGAAUUGCUUUUUUUUUUUUGUCUAUUUGUACCUGCAGCCCAUCCUUAAAAAAAAAAAAAAAAAAAAGACACAGCACUUCUCCAAGGUUAGAUGUUUUUAUGUUUAUUGUUCGGUGUUUGUUUUCUGCGCAGCCAGAGUUACUUCACACAUGUUCUCACUAUUCCUAAUAGUAUGUUUCGUUUUGUGACGCAUAUCUUCACUCUGGGUGUGAAGGCAAACAAACAAAAGAAGGGUGCAAAGGGGCAUAAUGGGGCCAGAUGGCGUGGCGUCUGAUGGUAUUGUGAACUUUAUGGCAACGGCACUGAUCUCCAUCGCUAAUAACGGUUAGCAGCAACCGAGCAGAGCUAGCAUGGUACUGUAUGUUAUUGUAUAAUGCAAAUCUUGUCACCUCCCCCACUCACCUCCUAUGAAUGAUCUUGAUAAGAGAUGUACCUGGUUCAUACAUGGUUCCUUGUAUACCGUCACUCCCUAAGAGAGAGAGAGAGAGAAAAAACACAUUACCACUUGUCCCACUACACACUACCCACAACCUGUGUCUGCGGUCCACCCAAGAACAACAGAACUGUUGAUAGGGAUGGGAAAGGAAUAAAAAGCAAACUACGACGAAAACUACAUAUCUAAGCAUCUAUAUAUGUCUGAGACGUUAAACAGAAGAAAAAAAGCUUUUUGAAAACCUUUUUAUAAAGUAUAUAUUCAGUGAUUUAAUCUUGUGUAAAUUGUAUGGGAGUACAAAUAGGGAACGUGUGGGCCCCUUGGAUUAAUUUACUUGAGAAUCUAGUGAUAAACGGGCCCGUUUUGAAACAUUGAAGUGAAGUGAUCAUUUACAUUGAUUUACACCUUGUACUUUUAAGGCCUUAAGAUUGGUUUGAGGAAAACGAAAAGUUUGCAAUAACUCUUCAAAGUGGUUAAUUGUAGCCUGUUUCCAGCAAGUGUUUAAGUGUCAUGGGAUUCCACAUAGCCUUGUUGAAUGGAUAUAUAUCUGUCUAUAGAAUUCAUUAUUUGAUGUGGCUUUGAACCUUAAAGAUGAUCAUCCAAUCAAUUGACAGUCUUUCCCAGAAACAUUUGUUGUGCUUUUGUUAAAAAAGAAAUGCAGUUGGUGUUCAUUAAAAGUAAAAAAGAAAGAAAAAAAUGUAUUAAAAACAAUGUUAAAUUAGUACCGUUGAUUUUAUGUGUGAGGUGUGAAAGUGCAUGCCUGAAAUCAAGUUUUUGAUAUAUAAGUUAACAGUUGCAAAUCUGGUUCAAUUGUUUUCUAUGAUCAUUCACAAUGAGCAAUGCACCAUCAGAGAUUACAAAUGACUUCAUUUAGUAAAAAUAAAAUGCUGUAUCAAACGUUCAUACAAUACUUAACAAUAUAACACAUCUGUAGAUAAAUACAUUAUAUGAUGUAGAUUAUUGGGGCGGGGGGUGGGAUAUUGUUUAUCUGAUGUGAAGAUGGAGGCUGUUGAGAACUGUUGAAAUAGCCCAAAGGGAUGUAACACUGUAAAGUCAAAAGAGGAUUUUUUUCUUUUGUUUGUUUUUGUUUUCACAUGUAUGCUCUUACUCAGAAACUCUGCUGAUGAUGUUCUAUGCUUUGUGGUAGCGACAAGAAAGAGUCGAGGAUCUGUCGAUCUGAUUUGAAUAUCAAAACUAUUCAACCAUCA